UUCUAGGCUGACUUUGGACCAGGCAUUCCAGUGCCGCACGUUUUGCGGCACGUUUCACUGGCAGGUCGUAGACUUCGAUAUCACCCUGUUUUGAAGCCUAUUGAUUGUUGAAGCUUAUUCGUAUCUUGAUUCUGCUCCUUUCACAGAACAACGGUCGCAAGGCGGAAAUCCAGACGACUCGACGGAUAUGGAAGGGCUUAAGGGCCUUGUAACCUCAAGGCAGCCUCGAGGUGACGGGGCAAAGUGGUUGUACUAGCUCUCCCCCAUACAAGGCUUUUUGGCCUUGAAGUUCUUAAGCGCUCCAUUAUGUGGGUGAAAUGAACUCCUUAAUCAACUGUGAUCCCCCUCUACGCCUCUCCCUCAGCUUUAUCUCUGAUACUACACAUAUCUUCAAAAAGCCUUGUUAUCAUGCCCAACGUUCGCAACAUCGUUCGUCGAUCUCGCCGAUUGUCACAUCAGUCACCGAUUGCAGCUGAAGAUUAUGUUUAUGAAGAUUCCUACUUCGCUCAGUCGGGCUAUUCAAGCGUUAGGACCGUUGGCAUUCCUUCAAUUCAUGCCACCCCCCCAUCUCCUGUUGGAACUAUAAUCUCUGCCUCCCAUAUUUCUUCGUCAUUAUCCCCUGUUCUGUCCCACUUGCUAUCCUUCCCCAAUCGUUCAUCGCACUCCCGUAAAAAAGAGGAAGGUCACAUACCCCGUCCUCCCAACGCCUUCAUCGUCUUUCGCUCUUGCCUUUGGAGUAAUGAGGAUUUCAGAAGCCUAGAAUCUGACCAUCGCAACGUUUCGCGCAUAGCUGGCGAGAGAUGGCGUAACUUGUCUGACGACGAGAAGGAACCUUUCGUGCAGAUGGCGAAAGAGGCUAAAGCACUGCAUGCGAAGAUGUAUCCCAACUACAAAUACUCUCCCUCUCAUCGUACUGUCGCGGGACCGAAACGGAAGGGGAGACGCAACAGUGAUGAGGAAAGGACAAAGUGUGACAUGAUCGCUACCCUCCUGCAGAAAGGAGUUGAGGGCUCUGCAUUGGCGCACGCGAUGGCACACGUGAAAUCUGAAGAUGAAGAUGAGAUCGUACCGACACCCAUCAUCCCUCCACAAGCUCCCUUAGUCGCCCCUAGGGCUUUGCCUCCUGUCCAACCGCGUGAACAUCGCAAAAAGAAGGUCACUGCUCGUCCUCGAGUCACCCGCCAAACCACCACACAACGUCGCACCGCAGGCCCUGACCUUGCCGCCCCGAGUCCUUGUUCGUUCCCACUUACCUCUGCUUCCCGGGAGGUCGCACCUACUCCAGAACAAAUCAACUGUACCCCUGAACUACUGUAUCCAGCCGAUAUGUUGGAUGAGUUCGUUCCUACUGAUGAAAUCCCACCUCUAAAUCUCGAUGCUGCAUAUGAUAUGAAGAACAGGAGACGCCUGACAUAUUCUACCCAGGCAUCAAGCCAGCUGCAGGGCUUUCCUACUUCGGUGCUGAGCUCGAUGUCAUGCCGUUCAAUGACUCCUACUUCCUCGACCCCAGCCUGCAGUUGCCCCCGACUCCUCCCUUUAUCGAAAAUAACGACUCUCCCCUGUCGAGUGACUAUGCGUCUCCUCUUUUGACACCUCCCCGGUCUCCAAUUGUCUUCACCAACCCUUGGACUACUUUCUUCACGCCUUGUUCACCGGACAAUGAACUCGAUGAGUUCUUCGUACCGUCUAUGGACUCCGUGCCGUCUUCGUUUCCGUCCCUAUACAGCCCUUUCGAGGACGAUGACAUAGCCAGGUUCGCGCUCGGGGAAUUGAUCCCAUUACUAAAGACGUGCAACCCGACGUCAACCUCGAUGACUGGAUCCACUUCAACUAAAAUCCUCAGACACACU